AACCUGGAUAUCAAGAUAUAGAGUUGACUGUCAUCUGCAUAUUGGCAUGGCCCCAGAUCUCAAAAUUGUGGUUUUUUAAAGAAUGUGGGUUGUACCUAACAAGACCAGAAUGCAAAUCAGUCACCAUGAGGAGGCUUCAGAAAAUAGCCUAUCCAUGGCAUGAGAUCUGGGUCGUAAUGGAUGCAUCCACUUGCCUCAAAGAUUCCGGCCAUCAUACUGUUGCAGGACUCCACAUCCCUGCCAGCAACAACCAAUGACCUUUCAAUGUUCUGGGGAAGAAACUACAGCAGUACUGGGACCAGUAAAAAGAACUAGAUCCAGCUGUGUCUCAUGUACAAAGAUAUUCUGGGCCCUUCCUUACACAUGGCUACACAUGAUUUUACAACAGCAAAGUAUCAAGCCCCUUGUGCAAUGCAUUGUGGGAGUGCCCCAAAAGUGAAAUCUGGAUGCAGAUCACUGAAAGGAGGGAGCAUUGAUUCGAAUUUGCAGCUGUGUGGGAACGGCUGGAUGUCAGCAGAUGAGGCCUCUCUUCAUUCAGUGUUCAAGCAGCAGACAUGUUUGCGGAGAGGCAAAGGGGAACCUCUGGACAUUUCCCCUUUGGAAAGUUGGGACACUAAGAAUGGCUUUCAGAAGAAGAAAAUGGAUAGUAUAAUUCUAGGUGACUUCUCUCAGCUGCCCAGCUCCCUACCAAAACAAAAUCCUGGUGAGCUGGAUGCGAGCAGUGCAGCCGUGGAAACUGCUCAAAUCAAGGACAAGCUGAAAAAGAGGAGGAUGUCCGAAGGUAUCCUUGCAUCAAACAAAGGCUUGGCUGACCCCUCUGGGCCCAAGGGACUUGCUCUGAAACCAGCCAUUUCCAGAUCGGCCUCUCAAAGGCUGCUAAUCACUUCUAAACCCAUGCCUCCUAUUCAGAGCAUCCCCACCUCCCCAGAGGUGACAGAUGAGCAUCGAGAGUUGCAGAAUGGCACAUGCCACUUGAAAAGUGGAGGGGAUCAUCUGGAAUCAACAGCAGCCCAUCAGCAGGACCUAUGUGGCAAUAAUGAGAAUGUCAGGAAAUGUUUAGGUGCUGCUUUAAUUCCACCCAUACCCAAAUCAGCAAAGGCACAUGGAGGAAGUUCUCAGAACUUUCAGGAACCUCUUUUAAGUUCAUCACAGUUUGAUUCAACUUCUGUAGCUGUGGAGGAGUCCUCUGACUCUAGGUCAGAUCCAGUGAGCAGUGCUGAAGAGAACUCCCUCAAAGUUCCAGAAACCAGAAUGCUGGAAUCUUCUUUGCCUGCUUUCAGACGUAGCCUGUCUACCUCCUUGAAGGCUGCUGCAUCUGCUGAACCCUUACUACCUUUAACUACCCACUCUCUCAGUCUGGGGCUGUUGAAAGAAGGUUGCCAGCUCUCCAGUACUCACCUUGUAAAAGAGGAUGAGUGGAAGGAGAACAAUGGAAGGAUCCUUGUGACCAUAUCCAAGUCUGCUCAGGAGAAAAUGCGUCAGAAGCAGUUAAGGGAGAUAGAACUUUUGCGCAAAGAAAGAGAAAAGGAUAGAUCUGACCAGCUACAGAGAACUGCUCAGGAAGGUUCUGGUCCACUUAAUAGCAGUGAGGCCACCAUCCCUGUUCCAUUCAGCCUGAGCAACCCAUCCAGAGCUCCUGUUGGAAUAGCCUUAAAGAAAAGGGUGAACAGGCCCUCUCUGCCUAGCAUCCCUGUCAUCAACCAUGACAGUAGCUUCCUGAGACAUGCUUCAGCAAACUCCUUGCCAGCAAAUCUGAAUUCUCCAGAAUGGGAAGAAGACCUUGUAAACAGAGAAAUCUUAGAAGUCCGUCCCUUGUCUCAUCCAGAGCAGGGGUUGGUUGAUGCUUUGAAGUGGCUGAACAGUAAUGACUGGCAGCUAAAGGAGAAAGGUCUCUUCAGCAUCAGAUGCUUGGCAAACUGCCAUUCAGAACUUCUUCUGUGUAGGCUUCAUGAUGUUUCCUUGGCAGCUACAAAAGAGGUUAGUAACCUGCGGUCAAAAGUGUCUCGGUUUGCUAUUGGGACCCUUUCUGAACUGUUCAAGACCUUGAAGAAGCACAUGGAUCAGGAGGUUGAAGAGAUUGCUCGAGUCCUCCUUCAGAAGACGGGAGAUUCUAGUGAAUUCAUCCAGAAAGCAGCUGACCAAUCCUUAGGAGUCAUGGCACAAAGUGUGACUCCUUUGCGAGCAUUAGCAGCCCUCAUGGCCAAUGGAGUGAACCAUCGUAAUCCCCUUGUUCGAAAAUGUGCUGCUGAGCACUUAUUGACAGUUUUGGAACAGAUUGGGGCAGAAAAGCUGCUCUCAGGCAGCCGAGAGAGUAUGGAGGUGCUGGUGCAGACGCUGGUCAAACUUGCUCAGGACUGCAAUCAAGACACACGAUUUUAUGGCCGGAAGAUGCUGAACAUACUUAUGUCCCAUUCAAAGUUUGAUGGCUAUUUGAAGCAAUGUCUGCCAUCACAUGACUUGCGUGAUGUCAUGGCUACAAUUAAGCAGAAAGGAAUGGAAGACCAGCCACCCCAAGCUCCUUCCGCAAAAAGCCAGAGAAGGUCAAAAAGUGGUAGCUUGACAACCUCAUUGGACAGCCUGCCUUCAGAUGAAGGCACCAGGUCCAUCUCCAGUACCCUAGCCCUGCCACAACCCAUGGCUCGCCAUUCAUCCCUGCGCAGCUUAGAAGUAAUGGAACAACUCAAAGAGCUCAAUAAGAUGCUUGUGGCCAAGGAAUUUCAGAAACGCAUGGAAGGGAUCAUGUUGCUGAUGGAGCAUUGCAAGAACAACCCCCAGCUUGUCUCCUCAAAUGUCAUCCAGAUCUUUGAUGCAUUUAUCCCGAGGCUUCAGGACUCCAACAAGAAAGUGAACCAGUAUGCAUUAGAAUCUAUCACCUCCAUGAUCUCCAUCCUUAAAGAUGGUCUAAAUCCAGUCAUGGUCUCUGUAGUGACUGUAGUCACUGACAAUCUAAAUUCAAAGAAUUCUGGGAUUUACAGUGCGGCAGUGAAGGUUCUGGACCAAAUGAUCAUUAGUCUAGAUAAUGUUCUUUUGCUUCAAAUGUUUGCCAGCAGGGUGCGUUUCAUCAGUGGCCGAGCUCUGCAGGAUAUCACGGACCGCCUGUCAGUUCUUGUGGCAUUAGUUUACCCACGGAAACUUCAGGUUGUGGAGCGUCAUGUCCUUCCUGUUCUUUGGUACUUCCUAAGCAACAUGAUUGGCAAUGGGGUGUUACCAGGAAAGAGUGGAAAUGUCAGAACUGUAGUUGCUAAACUUACUAAGAGCCUGCACAUGCAAAUGGGACCCAGACUGGAGGAAUAUGCUUCCAGCCAGUCUCAACAUGCAAUCAAAAACCUCCAGGACCUUCUCAGCCUGGAACUCCAGUGACAGUUUUUGGUACUAUAUACAGUGUGCCACUUCAACAGAGGAGCAGAAAUGAGGUGAUAAACAAUGAUACGGAGCUUGUCCUUACGUAAUUAUGCUCUUUUUCAAUGUAAUAACGCACCAUGGAGAGCUUAUAGUCAUAAUCUACUCUGAAAAGUGUAUAUAAUGUAUUUUGCUGUAGAAUUAAAUCACAUAUUUUUAUAAGGUUUAAUUUCCUCAGCUUUUGUGUCCUACAGACUUAGAUUAUUUUAAAACAAUAAUGUAUGUACUGUUAUAAUUUGUAUCUGUAUAUAAAAAUGAGAAAUUUAUUUAUGUAAUACACAUGUGUCAAAGGAGGGAGGGAAGAAGAUGGCAGAGAUGAACUUUACAUGAUGGGCAACUUAAUGCACUCUAGUGGACUAUACUUGUGCAAUAAGGUGUGUGUGUGUGUGUGUGUGUGUGUGUGUGUGUGUGCAUGUGAGUGUGUUUGCUUAUGAACCGCAUAAGUCUUCAUCAGGCUUGCUCUCACAACUCUGGGCUUCUGCUGUGUGUGCAGAUGUUUCAUUAAAACUCCUUCACAAAACACCCUACUUCUUUCACCAGCACAGCUAGAGGUUUUAGAGGUGAGGGAGGGAAAAACCAACUGGCCAUGGCCUUAGUAAUCAACAAAUGUAUAAGGCUUAACGGAACAGCCCUGAUUCUUGGAACUUUUAACUGUUCCAAAGGCAUGGGGAGGAGGGGAAUCUCAAGGGUUAAAAUAGAAAGCAAGUGAAAAAAUAAAGGAGCAAAAAAAAAGAAAUCAAACCCUACGGCUUGGCUCUGGAGGGUGGGCUGGUGGAAGGCAAACUGUAGCUGGUGGAUUUCCAUUGUUUUCUACCUGGGAGCAGGGGGAGAUGAAGCUUCCCUUUUCUCACUUGGUGAAAUUCUUUGCCUGCCCUGCCUCAUCCACCCCUUCCAAGCUGGCUGCGUUUUCUGGCUCCCAUCUGGGAAAAAGCAGACAGCUUCUCUCUCUCUCUCUCUCUCUCUCUCUCUCUCUCUCUCUCUCUCUCUCAGUGCAAGGCAGCUGCAAAAAAGGGGGAAGGGAACAUGGUAAAGAACUUAAAUUAUCAUCAUGCCUUAUAACCCUAAGCCCUGGCUGACUGGAUAGAGGGGCAGGAAGGUCAGAAUCAGUGCAACAGCUCCCAAAAUUACCACAGAGGGCAUUGUCACUUAAAGACUGUAGAUGGGUCUUGAAUAUCAAGUUUGUUGAAGGAAGAGAUGAGUUUUCCACAUCCCUGGAGGGGGAGGGAGCAGAUGGGUGUUUAGAGGCGGGAAGACACUGAUUGCUGGAGUUAGCUGAAGUGUCUUGGCGAUGCAAGAUCUCUUUCUCUGUUGAUAUGAUAUGAAAUAGUUGAUCAGAUGUCCUAUAGGUGUCUUUGUGCCUCCACUUGUGCUCUACCUAUAUAUUUGUAAAUAAAGCAAAUACUAAGUUCAGUGCUCAUUCACUUUUUCAAAGGGAACCAAUCUGGGUAAGUGCUAACUCUUGGUACGUCUCACCACUUGAAGAAGGUUGCACGUAAUACCAUGAGCAGUGAAUAGCACAGUUCAUAGAAGGAAUCAUUGCCACCUCCUACUUUGAUCCCCUUUGUACCCCCUUGGCACCUGGGGGGAAGGGGAGCAUUGAGAAUGGCAUGGGAUGUGACAUGCAGACUGCAGCUGGAGGGAAGAAGUGGCAGUGACUGUUUAAAGUUACCUAGUGAGGUUCAUGGCAAAAUGGCAAUUUGAUCGUGAGCUGCUCUGAUCUGUGUCUCAUGCAUU